UAUGCUGAGUUAGAGAUGUGUUCAACGCCUGCCUGAGUGAGUUGCAGGUCCUCAACUCGGGUGGUUACCUGCAGAGUCACCAGGAAUUGGAAAGGUCCCGCCCCCCACCCAGGAGCCCACAGGCAACUGUGGGUGGGUAGACAAGGGCCUCAUACGUUAUCGCUUCUGGUCAGGCAGUCUCUUGGUCCGUACGGUCGUAGCGGCUCGUGUGUAUACCAGUAUUGGGAGGUCCUGCACGUUAAAUAACUAAAAGGCUGCUUUCUGGCACACUUGAAUAAUCGGGAAUCUCUUCUAACUUUAUAUUCCAGGAAACGCUUCCCAUGAUGACUUCAGAUUACGCCUUUCCGUAACGUUGAGUAAGGAGUUGACGAGAGUCUUACUCUCGCGAUUAUAAACAAUCAAAACAAAAGAUAGGAACAAUUAAUUUCCGAAAUUAUUAUUUUGAUCUUGAACAUCGAUGUGACGAGUUUGCAGACGAAUAUUAUUAAAUUUAUAAACUUGAGUCAAAAAGGGACGAAAUUGAGUUUAUCCGUGAAGAAAUUUUUGUCAUUGUAAGAGAAGACAACUUUCAAUUUUAUGAAGCUGGUGUGAAUAUGUCGCAAUAUUCAAAAUUAGAAAUGAUGAAGACUGUAGUAAACAUUACAACUUCUUUGUCAUACUUAUUCUCAUAUUAUGUUUUUCUUUCAAAACAUAAUUCUAAAUAAAUAAAUUACCGCUUAAUACCAAUAAUAACUUCGACAUGCAGUUUUCACAACUUUAUGAGCUUAUUUUAAGAUUGAUGAUAAUCAUUAUAGCAUCUGAUUCAGCUGUGGGGAUUGAUCAUACUCUUGAGUUUCAGGAUAAUGUACCGAUGAAAUCUGUAUGGGCAGAUAAAGGUGAUAAUGUUGAAUUACCAUGUGAUAUUUCUCCUCCUACACCAGGAGACACAAUUAGUAUGGUACUAUGGUUUAAGGAUAAUGACGGAAUCCCAAUAUACAGUAUUGAUGCUAGAAAAGGGAACUUGAGAAGUGCUGUCCACUGGGCCGUAAGCAAUGAUCUUGGAAAGAAAACAUACUUUCAAAUGACUGAUGGUCAUCGAGGCAAAUUGAAAUUGAACAACGUUGAAUUCAUAGAUCAAGGAAUAUUUAGAUGCAGAGUGGAUUUCGUUAAUUCUCCUACUAGAAACUUUAGAGUGAAUCUAACGUUAAUUGAAAAUCCUUCAAAUCCAGUAAUCUAUGAUGAAAGAGGUAUUGAAGUAAGAGGAAUUAGUGGUCCAUUUCUGGAAGGAUAUAAUCUUCUUUUGAUUUGUAAAGUAUUUGGAGGGCGACCAAAACCUUCAGUGACAUGGUGGCAAGAUGCCAAUAAAUUAUUUAUUGAUCAAGUAACAAAAUCGUUAUGGGGAACUAAGUUAGAAUGCAGAGCUCAAUCUGGAGAAAUUGGAAAGCCUGUUAUAAAAGAAGUACCGCUAGAUGUAUAUUUGAAGCCAGCAGUAGUAAAGAUUUUCUUCAGUGAAGAUCCCGUUUUAGAGGGACGUGAGAUUACUGCUCGGUGUCAAACAUGGGGAAGUUCACCGGCUGCAAGGAUUAUUUGGAAAUUAGGAGGAUUGGAAAUUGGAGGUGUAAAUAUUAUAACUACUCAAAUGAGUAACUCCACAAUUAGCAAAAUUGAUAUAGUUCUCAGCAAAGAUGAUGACGAAAAAGAUAUAACUUGCAGAGCUGAAAAUCCUAGAUUUCCUGGUGGUAUUCUUGAGGAAACCAGAACAGUUCACGUUCUUCAGGAGAUAUUGCUUGGUCCACGUGGACUGGACUAUGAGGAGGAGGUUGAUUGUUGGGUGACAGCUCGCCAUUUGCUCACACGAGAACGUUUCCCCUAUCAGGAUUCAUUGUUUUCCGAGAGCGAUUUGGAGGAAAUUCGCCGCUCCAUCGGCCAGGCUGUACCUAUCCGCCUGUCACCGGAGGAGGAAAUCUUCUUACCCAGGGUUGAGAGUCCAGAACCAGCCCCUCGUGAAGAUUGGGCCUUAAGGCCUCAAUCAACCCCAAAUAAUUUGCCAGAAGCUGGCCCUUCACUUCACGGGCCCCAGCCGGCUUUGAAGAAAUCCCUGGCCCAAAAUCCAACUUACCCCAGGAUUAAUAAACCCAAAUACUGGGGAGUGGAUAAGGCUCGUCGGGGCAUUUGUGGUAAAUGCCACCAGCCAGGUCAUGGUUACCUCUCAUGUCCACGUCUCUCGGAACAGAAACCAACGACAAAUUACCCGAACCAUUCGGCUAAUUAAAAUU